ACUAUCAGCAAACCCGACUUCGCGCGCUGUUUCCGCCUCGUCGAGCUCACCUCUUCCGAGGUUUACAAAACCUCCGUGUUCGGCUGGCGCCCACGGGCGAAACGAGCGGAAAUGCGGAAGAACGGCAUGAGAUACCUACUUGUGCGGCCAGAGUCGCUGGACUCGACCGAUGCGAUCGCGUUCCUGUCGUUUCUCCCGGUCGAGGAACAAUCUCCGCAGACGACGGCGCCGUUCAUUGCGCUCUAUGUGUACGAGGUGCAUGUGGACCCAUCGUGUCAGUCGAAGGGGCUGGGGAAGCGGUUAAUGCGGGUGGCGGAAGGGAUCGCAGCGAGGAUCGGGGCGCGGAAGGUCAUGUUGACGGUGUUUGAGGAAAAUGAAGGGGGACGAAGGUUCUAUGACCGGGAGGGGUACGCGGUGGAUGAGGUUAGCCCA